AUGGGGCGAGGGAGUGGUCAGUUGUGGGCGACAUCGUGUGCCAUUGCACAACUCCGACCAGCUCCUCCCUUUUCCAUCGGAAUCAGGUUUACCUCUUAUUUUUUUAAGGUGGCUGAAAUUAUAGAUAUCGCUGUGUCAAAUGACGGAAACAUUAACUCAGUCUGCGCAGAAAAAAUUCGGAAAUAUCAAGGUCUAGCAGCUGAGUUAAAAAGUUUGUAUAAACUUAAUAAAGUAACCGUUAGGGGCAUCGUGAUCUCCAGCAAUGGCCUGGUACCGGUGUCUACUGUGGAAGCUACUGACAGGCUGGGCCUCCCAACUCAUGUAAUAAAGGAAGCUCAGAAAGCGGUGCUGCUGAAUACUGCCAGAAUUGUCGCACUCUUGGCUCUCUUCGCCUGCGCCAAUGCUGGCUACCUUGGAGGUUACGCUGCUGCCCCAGCACUCAGCUACGGCGCUAGCUACGGCUAUGGAGCUGGAUACGGUUACGCUGCACCAGCCGUUGCAACCGUUGCCCAUGCUCCAGCUAUCUCUUACGCCGCACCAGCUGUCGCUACUGUAGCUCAUGCUCCAGUCGCUGUAGCUCAUGCCCCAGUCGCCACAUCCUACUCUAACACUUACAGGACCGUCAACAAACCAGUUGCCGUUGCCGCUCCAGCUCUCUCAUACGCUGCUCCAGCAGUCUCUUACGCUGCCCCAGCUGUUUCUUACGCUGCCCCAGCUGUUUCCUACGCUGCCCCAGCUGUUGCCACCGUAGCUCAUGCUCCAGCAGUGUCCUAUGCUGCCCCAGUCGCCGCUGUAGCCCACGCUCCAGUCGCUACCUCCUACGCUAACACCUACAGGACCGUCAACAAGCCUGUAGCCGUUGCCGCUCCAGCCAUCUCCUACGCCGCCCCUGCUGUCGCCACCGUCGCUCACGCUCCAGCAGUUUCCUACGCCGCUCCAGCUGUCUCUUACGCUGCCCCAGCCGUAGCUACCGUAGCUCACGCUCCAGUCUCCUACGGUCUUGGAUACAGGUCCUCAUACGGUCUUGGAUAUGGAUACGGUCUUGGCUAUUCCUCCCUCCUCCAUCACUAAGCUUCUGUGAAGUUUGUGGUACCUGAAGUCAAUUCAUGUCUAGAAAACUUAAUUUAUGUAAAUAGGUAUUUAAAUAAAUAAUUUAUAUCUG